CUGCCAGUGAGGGCGAUUGGCUCAUGGCCGCAAUCGGAGAGGAUGAGGGAGAUGACGAGCAGAUGCAUGCUCAUGAAGGGGAUCCAGAGGGCACCCAAUGGACACAGAACGCCGAAGAUGGAAAUGCUGAAACGGUCGCUGAAGGCGACGGCCACGACGGUGACCCUAGUCCUGAUGAGCCCAUGACCAACGGUGUCGACGCUCAGGAGCACGUUGACCAAGAAGCAGCAGCAGCAGGUGCUCCCCCUCUUAAUGAUGGUGGUGCAGAUGAACCUGCUCAGUCUCAGGCAGACGGUCCAUCCACAACUGAGAAUUUUGAGGAUUCUAAUGCGUCUGGGGCUCCUGCAGCGCCCACGGACCAUCAAAUGACUAUCGAGGGUGAUACUGCGCCCCCAGGAUCUCCUGCAGAUGCUGUACACCGGAAUACAGACGCGGCGACCAAUGGUGUUGGUUCUGAGGGACCGUAUGCCCGUGACGAUGGCCACGACUCUGAUAAUGCUCAGAGGAAUGACCCGACGUCGCCCCUGGAGCCUAGUCCUUCGUUUGCUUCCACUGUCCCUGAGUUCUAUCAGCAAACCCAGACGCAGGAUGUCACGAAUUCAGAAAUAAGUGGAAAGCAAGACACAGAUGAAAACGGGUAUUACACUCAAGAUCCUUCUGGCGAUAGCGAGCAGACACAAGCUGAAACGCAAACACAAUACGAAUCCCCCGCUUCCAAUUCCUUAGCGUCAUCUGCUACUUUAACGCUUGCGGACCUCGGGCCCACUGAGGUUCCCAAAGAACCAAAGGGUCCAAAAAUGCCUUCAGCUAAUCGUCUAUCCAUCUCUUAUGCUUCUGGGACUCGAAGGCUGGUUGUCGACGCUGAGAUAGUCGAUAAGCUGAAGGUGUACAGAGCUGAGGGUCGGAUCGAGGUUUUCAUAAGCCUUGAGCGAGAGGAAACCGACGACUUGAAGGGCAUCCUGAUUGAGGGUCUUUCUGACACUACCAGAUCCUAUCUUCCCUUACCUACUCUUGGCGAUGCACCUAACUCAGACCCCAGCCUCCCGCCGUUUUCAAAGGCGGCCAUCCCAUCUCAGCUGAUGAUGGCCGUAUACCUUGAUACGGAGCGGCCCUUGUCGGAACCAAAAUGGGUUAAGAGCGGAGACGUGCAAGAGUGGUUGAAGAGUAUGUUUGGCAGGAUGUUUUGGGUGGCUGGCGACGCUGCCGACGGUUGGGAGCGGAGAAUCGAGGUGGUUGAUCCUGAUCCAGCUCCUACUAUAUGGACUGUGUUAGAGGGUUGGGCAGCCAACUCUCCCGUAGGCACGUCCAUCGAGCGUCAGCGCUUCCUCAGGACUCACAUGACUGAGACGGACAACAUCAUGGAGAUCCUACUGCGGCUUGUUAGAGGAGAAAGAGCCACGCCGUUCUCGACCACUUCCUCUUCGAUCUCAGCGCAAAGCGUGUCGGGGCCACUUCUCGCGGCUCUUUCACCGGGUUCACCACAUGGUGCCCAGCAGACACAUGUAUCCCUCGCUGUCCUAGCGAUUUUCAGAAUGGCCGUGGAAUACGCGAAGAAAGCUGUCGGUGAUAAGGGCAAAGGUGAAGCUGAAGAACGUGUCGGUGAAAUCAUUCGGUGCUUGCCUUCGCAUCUCCUCUACAAAAGCCUGGACGGCAUAUUCAAGGAGUGGAAAGUAGACAAGAAGGGUGGACGUUAAUUAUAGUGUAGAAGCUUGCAUUACCUUAUAUUGUACAGUUUGUUCCUGGCAACGAGUUGCCUGCACCUUUGCCUCAGAACUUGUGGACAGUUGAAACUUG